AUGCAGUUGCUUGAGAAUAACGAAUUGAAAACAACAAUAGUGUUGUCAGGUGGAAGCGACCUGAAAUUUGGUGGAAUUCCAGGAGUGGUUGCCCUCGGAAUGAGAGCACAAAGUUCACAAACUACUAUCCCGCCCACCGUUCGCCGACGCCUCUUCUUCCAUGUUGUGUUCAUUCCUUUUAUCGACCACACAUUUGAUCAGUAUUCUAUGAUUCGCCGAUGCUCAACUUCGAUCGCUUCACUAUGCCGAAGUGCCUUCGUUGCUCAACGACUACCUGUCAGGACAUUUGCAUCGAAUAAAGAGUUGUUUGAGAAAGCACAAAAAGACUUGAAAACUCUAGCAGAAGAGCCAGAUGUUGAUGUCAAACUGGAAAUUUAUGCUCUGUUCAAGCAGGCCACCGUCGGGGAUGUGCAAGGAAGCCGCCCUGGAAUGAUGGAUUUCGCAGGUAGAGCGAAGUAUGAUGCAUGGACAAAGUUCAAGGGAAUAAGUCAGGAGGAAGCGCAGCUAAAAUACGCAAAGUUGGUUAAUACGUUGGUCGGUGCUCAAGAAUCAACCUCUCCUUCCAGCGGUCAAGGUGUUAUGGGUUUGGAACCUGUUGACGGCCUAGACAUUUACGUGGAUGGCAAGGCUUUCACAAUCAGGUUAAAUCGUCCCAAAAAAUUUAAUGCUCUUACUUUGAGUAUGUAUAAUGGUAUCAUAGCAGCUCUCGAAGCAUCGAAUAAGGAUAAUUCAACUUCAGUCACUGUUAUGACAGGAACUGGGGAUUUCUUCUGUUCCGGAAAUGAUCUCAGCAAUUUUGCAAAGGCGGCAUCCGCUAGCAAGGACGAAGUUAAAGCAAUGGCCGAAGAAGCGGCUCUCGUUUUGAAACGAUACAUUCAGGCAUACAUUGACCACGAGAAACCACUCAUUGGUUUGAUCAACGGUCCUGCUGUUGGAAUUGCUGUAACUGUUAUACCACUCUUUGAAUAUGUUUUGGCAACUGACAAGUGCACAUUUCAUACUCCAUUUGCUACUCUUGGACAAUCUCCGGAAGGCGCUUCAUCUUACACCUUUCCGUUUCUUAUGGGACAACUCAAAGCUGCUGAAUUUCUAGUUCUAAACAAGAAACUCACUGCUCAGCAAGCUUUCGAUGAAGGAUUGGUGAACGAGGUCGUGCCUCACAGCGAAUUCACUAAAAAGGCUAAUGAAGUUGUUAAACAACAUUCAUCUCUCCCUCCGGAGAGUUUACGCAUCAAUAAAAAGCUUCUUCGAUCGCAUCUGAAGGACACGUUGACCAAAGUCAACGAAGAGGAAUGCAGAAUCAUAUGUGAGCGUUGGCAAUCUAAGGAGUGUGCAAAAGCGAUAGCUCAGUUUCUUAGUCGCCCAAAGAGCUCAUAG